UUGGGGCGCAUGCGCAAUGACAGCCUCCCAUCUUCAUCCCAGCCAGAACCGGAGCCUCAACAAGCAGCAGCUGAUGAUGAAGAGGAGAGGGAAGGGGGAGGCGGGGGGGACCUUUUAUUUAUAUUGUUAAAGGGACAGAGCACCAAUUCCACCUUGAAUCGGUUUGCGGGGGGAGGGUUCUGCCUGAGGAGAGUCCAGUUUCUUCCCCACCCUCAGCCUGGCUAGAGGAUCCCAGAGAGACACAGGGAGAGAGCAGGAGAGUUUCUUCCCCCGCUUUGGCCGUCAGAGGAGAGAGACCUAAAGCCUCUUAGCAACACAGCUCCGUCUCCUUUACUACUGUUCACUGCUUGCUGCUGCUGCUGUUUGGCCCUGGCUGGAGACACCUCACCACACACACACACACACACAGGAGGAGCAGCCAGUUCACCAUCCCCCCCAUCCCCCUACUCUCCCCUCCUCCCCCUUUAUUACCCUUUGUGUGUGUCUCUCUCGCCACUGCUCCAGGAGAGGAAAUAAAAGUGGGGUGCAGCGAAGAUGAUCAUGGAAACCCUGUAUUGCUGGAUGAUGUUAAUCACUGUUGCAAAUGAUACUGUUUUCAAAGAAGACUUAUAAAAAAGUGGAUUUUAUGCAGAAGAGAUUUUCUCGUUGGAGCUACAUCAUCAUGAGAGAAUCAAAAGAGGUAUCCUGCAGUAGCUUGGAUAAUAAAUGGAAGAGGACAAGGAAACAGAAAGGAUAUGGCAUCUAAGAGAAUUUAAGACCUGGAACUCUCGCGUCUAUCCCACCUGUAAAAAUGGGACUAAUUCUCUCCAGACAGAAAUUACUGUAGAAACUCGUCAAGUUUGGAGUCAUGCUGUUGAACUAGCAAUCAGUGUUUUUCUGUCUUUUUGACCAGUAACGGAGCAUUGAUGGAUUAUGAUUUUCCCAAGCUGGAAACAUUCAUUUUUGUCCUUUUAGGCAGUCCUCAUGACUCCGUAAGGAAUAGAACAUUUCAUACUUGAUCUUGGUCAGGAUGGGCAACUGAACUUGUCCAAACACGCAAACACAAAAAAAUGGCAGAUUUCGCAGACUCGGUUCCAAACUGAGCCAGAGCUUCCCGAUGCACUUUUUACAAUCUGGGAAUUGCCGUACUGUGUGGCCGCCUUCUGAAGACCAUGACGACAUAUAAAAUAAGGAUAUCAUCUUAUUGCGGAUAUCUUUGAAGAGUCAUAAGCAGAAUCAGAAAAAUGAAUGGAGGAAAGGAGAUUGAUGGUGGGGACAAGGACGGAGGGCUGCCUGCAGUACAAGUUCCAGUUGGUUGGCAACGGCGGGUGGAUCAAAAUGGAGUUCUGUAUAUCAGUCCUAGCGGGUCUUUAUUGUCCUGUUUGGAGCAGGUUAAAACAUACCUGCUGACUGAUGGAACAUGCAAGUGUGGUUUAGAAUGUCCUCUCAUCCUUCCCAAGGUAUUUAAUUUUGAUCCUGGAGUUGCUGUGACACAAAGAACAGCUGAAGAUGUUAAAGCAGAUGAAGAUGUCACUAAGCUAUGCAUUCACAAAAGGAAAAUUAUCGCAGUGGCUACGCUUCAUAAAAGCAUGGAAGCGCCACAUCCAUCUCUGGUUCUGACGAGUCCUGGGGGUGGAACAAGUGCAACUCCAGUAGUAUCUUCACGUGCUGCAACUCCAAGAUCAGUGAGAAACAAAUCACAUGAAGCGAUUACAAAUUCUGUGAUGCCGGAAUGUAAGACCCCUUUCAAGCUGAUGAUGGGGGCCUCAAAUGCCAUGGGUAGGCUGUAUGUGCAAGAGAUGACUGCAAGCCAGCAACAAGAACUUCAUUCUAUCUACCCCAGGCAGAGAUUGGGCAGUAAUGAACAUGGACAGAAGUCUCCAUAUCGGGGCAAUCAUGGAGGAAUGCCUAGUCCAGCUUCAUCAGGAUCACAAAUCUAUGGAGAUGGCUCAAUCUCUCCUAGGACAGACCCACUUGGAAGUCCAGAUAUUUUCACGAGGAAUAAUUCUGGUUUUCAUGGAGCACCUAACUCUAGUCCUGUUCAUAUGAACAGAACCCCUUUAUCCCCACCUUCGGUAAUGCUACAUGGUUCUCCUGUGCAGUCAUCUUGUGCAAUGGCUGGAAGGACUAAUAUACCUCUUUCCCCAACCCUGACCACAAAAAGUCCAGUAAUGAAAAAACCCAUGUGUACCUUUUCGGCUAGUAUGGAAAUGCCACGUGCAAUGUUUCACCACAAACCACCCCAAGGCCCUCCACAACCACCACCUUCUUGUGCUCUUCAGAAAAAGCCAUUGACAUCAGAAAAGGACCCACUUGGCAUUCUUGAUCCUAUUCCUAGCAAACCAGUGAAUCAGAAUCCUGUUAUCAUUAAUCCAAGUACUUAUCACUCAAAUGUCCACUCUCAGGUACCUGUGAUGAAUGUAAGCAUGCCUCCAGCCGUUGUCCCUUUGCCAAGUAAUCUCCCCUUGCCAACUGUAAAACCUGGUCAUACAAACCAUGGGAGUCAUUUGCAAAGAGUUCAGCACACUGCUUCAACCUCUCUCUCACCCUCACCAGUAACAUCGCCAGUCCAUAUGAUGGGAUCUGGGAUUGGACGGAUUGAGGCUUCACCCCAAAGAUCACGCUCAUCUUCCACAUCAUCUGAUCAUGGAAAUUUCAUGAUGCCUCCAGUAGGGCCACAGUCAUCUUGUAGUAAUAUUAAAAUUCCUCCUCGAUCACCGAGGUCAACAAUAGGAUCUCCUAGACCAUCCAUGCCAUCAAGUCCUUCUACCAAGACUGAUGGACUCCAACAAUAUAAAGACAUCCCUAAUCCAUUGAUUGCUGGAAUGAGUAAUGUAUUAAAUCCUCCAAGCAAUGCAGUUUUCCCAUCCGCAUCUGCUGGAAGUGGGCCCAUGAAAAGUCAGCCUGGCUUGCUGGGAAUGCCUUUAAAUCAGAUCUUGAACCAGCACAAUGCUGCCUCUUUUCCAGCUAGUAGUUUACUCUCAGCAGCAGCCAAAGCACAGCUAGCAAAUCAAAAUAAACUUGCUGGUAACAAUAGCAACAGCAGUAGCAACUCUGGACCCGUUGCCAGUGGUGGCAGCAAUGAUGGACAUAGCACUUUAAACACCAUGUUUCCUCCUACUGCCAACAUGCUUCUACCAUCAAAUGAAGGGCAAAGUGGUCGAGCAGCACUACGAGAUAAACUGAUGUCUCAACAAAAAGACCCUUUAAGGAAAAGGAAACCACCAACCACUACAGUGUUGAGUUUGCUUAGACAGACUCAGUUGGAUAGUUCUGGAGUUCCUAAAUCUGGGCCUGAUUUGAUAAGAAAGCAGAACCAAGGUUCAUUUCCCAUCACUUCUAUGUCCCAGUUACUUCAAUCCAUGAGUUGUCAAAGCUCUCAUAUGAGCAGCAAUAGCACUACUGGUUGUGGGAGCUCAAAUACUGUUUUGCCUUGCUCUGCUAACCAGCUGCAUUUUACAGACACUAAUAUGAGCUCUGGCACUCUUCAGAAUUCACUGACACAGAAUAUACCUCUAAGAGGGGAAAGUAUGCACUGCCAGAAUUCAAACACUAACUUUGGCCACGGAACUAGCCCCGGUCCAAACAACCAUCUUACAGGCUUAAUAAAUCAGAUGCAAGCCAGUGGGAACUGUGGGGUGCUCAGUCAGUCUGGAAUGGCUUUAGGAAAUUCAUUACAUGUGAACCCAGCUCAGCCAAGAAUCCAAACGGCCUCCACUCCAAUGAUACCAAACAGCAUUGUGAGCAGUUGCAAUCAAACAAGUCCUGAAACAGGGAGGACCGGACCAUCGUCAUCCACUACAAUAGCUGGCACCAGUCAACCAGCCAUCACCAAGACCACCUCGGUUCUUCAAGAUGGUGUCAUUGUCACAACUGCAGCUGGAAACCCACUCCAUAGCCAGCUCCCCAUUGUGAAUGACUUUCCUUUUGUCGGACAUGAACACGCUCUGCAUUUUCCACAGAACAGCGCUUCAAACAACAAUCUUCCGCACUCUUUGAAUCCAAAUCUUUUUAGUUCUCUACCUUUCUCUUUGCCAGUGAAUCAGCAGCACCUCCUAAACCAGAAUCUAUUAAAUAUACUGCAGCCUUCAGCAGGAGAAGGCAAGUCUGAGGUCAACCUCAAUCCUUUAGGUUUUCUCAACCCAAGUGUAAAUGCUGCUUUAGCUUUGCUCUCCAGUGAUGCGGAUGGGCAGGUGCCGCAACCUGUUCAUUUUCAGCUGCUGGCAGCCCUUCUUCAGAACCAAGCCCAAACAGCCGCCAUGUUCCCUUUAGCACCUUUCAAUCUAUCCAUCUCAGAUCUUUUACAGCAACAGCAAAACAAUCCGGUGCCCUCAGUUACACAGAUGACAGCCCCUCCACCAGAUCAUUUGCUAAGCGGUCAGUCAGACACCAACAGAGCUGAGACCCUGUUAACCAGCCCCCUGGGAAACCCUUUCCCAAGCUUUUCGGGCACAGACACUACUCCAGAUCCCCUCUUCCUCCCAGCUGUCACUGGGGCCUCAGGAUUAAUGAGCUUGAAUCCCCAGCUGUUGGGAGGUGUUCUGAACUCUACUUCGGGAAACACUGCUAACCAUCCAGAGGUUUCCAUAGCAACCUCCUCCCAGGCAACCACUACCACAGCCACUACAUCAUCAGCAGUGGCAGCACUGUCUGUCUCAACCCUUGGUGGGACAUCAGUGGUGUCAAUGGCAGAAACAUUGCUGAGCAUAUCUAAUAAUGCUGGGAGUACAUCUGGUCCAGCUAAACUCAACAGUAACUCUGUGGUGCCACAGCUACUUAACCCUCUACUGGGGACGGGUAUACUUGGUGACAUGUCAUCGAUAAACACUGCGCUUAGUAACCAUCAGCUAACGCAACUGCAGUCACUGUUCAACAACAAUCAGAUGUUUCCUCCAAAUCAACAGCAGCAGCUUUUCCAAGGCUAUCAGAAUCUCCAAGGUUUUCAAGGACAGCCCCCAAUUCCUGGGCCACCUAACAAUCCAAACCCUAUGGCUUGUCUGUUCCAGAAUUUCCAGUUGAGAAUGCAGGAAGAGGCUGCUUUUCUAAACAAGAGAAUGCUCACUCAGAUGGGGAUGCCGCCAAUUCCUGAAAGUCCCAACGCCUCACUUCCACCUUUUCAGGAUUCUCCCUGUAACUUGCAGCAAAGGACAGAGCCGUCUGUUGGCCAGCAGACCAAGGACAACCCCAGCCUAGGUGCCCAGGGUGAUGCUUCAGUUGACGCUAUCUACAAAGCCGUUGUAGAUGCCGCAAGCAAGGGGAUGCAAGUAGUAAUCACCACUGCUGUUAACAGUACCACGCAAAUGAGCCCCAUCCCCGCUCUGAGUGCCAUGAGUGCCUUUACAGCUUCAAUUGGUGAUCCAUUAAAUCUCUCCAGUGCUGUCAGCGCGGUAAUCCAUGGAAGAAACAUUGGCAUGUCUGAUCACGAAGGUAGGGCAAGGAACUCUAGGGGGGCACGAAUACUGAAGAACUCAGAACAUCUUAAAAAUUCCAGCGAGGGGGAUGGCUUGGAAUACUAUAAACCAACGGGUUGCAACACACCCAAAAAACAGUGGGAAGGGGAACAAAGCCCUGGAGGGGACAUGAACAGAUGGAAGUGUGAGGAGUUUUUAGAUCAUCCAUCCCAUAUCCACAGCAGCCCUUGCCACGAAAGACCCAAUCAUGUCUCCACACUGCCAUUGGUCCAUGGCAAGCAGCAUCCAAUACUAUUACCACAGCGAAACUGUCAAAGCGAUAAAAUGUUGGAGGAGAACUUCAGAUAUAGCCAUUACAAAAGAACUAUGAUGAGUUUUAAAGAGAGACUAGAGAACACUGUGGAACGAUGCGCACACAUAAAUGGAAACAGGCCUCCACAAAGCAGAGGGUUUGGAGAGUUGCUGAAUGCGUCUAAGCAAGACCUGGCAGUGGAGGAGCAGUCUCCGAGUUCCUCCAAUAGCUUUGAAAGUUCUCUCGUUAAAGACUACAUCCAUUAUAAUGGAGACUUUAAUGCCAAAGGCAUUAAUGGGUGCGUGCCUAGUCCUUCAGACGCUAAAAGCAUUAGUAGUGAAGAUGACCUAAGGAAUCCCGAUUCCCCUUCUUCCAAUGAGUUGAUACAUUACAGGCCAAGGACGUUUAAUGUUGGGGACUUGGUCUGGGGCCAAAUAAAAGGACUGACUUCAUGGCCUGGUAAAUUAGUAAGAGAAGACGAUGUUCACAACUCAUGUCAACAAAGCACUGAGGAUGGGAAGAUACCCUUGAGGAGUGCCCUUGAGAAGUGUUGGUGCAUUGAAACACAACCAAACAAGAAGGUGGAGCCCGCCAAGUUGAAGACACUAACAGAAGGUCUGGAAGCUUACAACCAUGUCAGAAAGCGGAAUAGAAAAAGUGGAAAGUUAAAUAACCAUUUAGAAGCUGCUAUACAUGAGGCCAUGAGUGAACUCGACAAGAUGUCUGGGAAUGUACACCAAAUUCCACAGGGAGACAGACAGCUGAAGCCUCCAAAACCGAAGAGGAGGAAGAUCUCUAGAUAACAUUGAAUGUCUUUGUUACUGGUCCAGUACUUAUUAAAAAAAUGCACAUAAAUAUAAAUAUAUAUAUAUAAAUAUAUAUAAGGAUGGAUAGAGUUCAUCACCACAGGGUGCUAAACAAAACAGUGGUACAGUAUUCUCGCUGGUAAAGAGGAAGACGUCAAACCCGAUCCUCAAAAGAUUACAGUGUGUCUAUAGAACCUUUUUUUCUAUCAUUCUAAAAUUGUGAUUAUAAGAAAUAGUCCAAAUGUUUCUGCAAAAAUUUUCAUUGUGUAUAUAGAUAAAACGGAAUUUCAUGGUGAUACCUGAAAUGUAAAUAAUGUACAAUAUUGUCAUGUACAAGCGUACCUAAUGCACACUUUAUCUUUUAUUGUACAAAAAAAUAGUGUACAAAAUUCUUUGGUUUCUAUGAGUACACAUACAAGAGACUACCAGUGUAAAGUGAUAAAUAAAAAUACAGCCUAAAUGCUUUUAUAUAAUAAUGUAAAAGAUGCUGUUUUUGUAUUUAACAGCAGUGAAAAAGGCAUGAUUAUGUAAUACCUUAAUUAUGACAUAACACUUCUCGCCACUGAGUGUUCAUUUAUAGUGUCUGUUUGGAAUGAACCUUGCCUGGAAGUACUGUACUCCAUUUCAGGUCUCUGUAGGAGAGUGCAACCUUGCAGAUUCCUAAAGGGAUGUGGGAUUGCAGGUUUAAUUAACAAGUCAAACACUGCAACUACCAGUUGCAAUUCUUUCUUCUUCUUUUUUUAAUUUGCCUGAGUUUUAAAGUAGAGUACUGUAGAUUUUUAAAUUAAAUAAUAUUUAGAUAGAAUAUUUUUAAUCCGCGAUUGCUUUGACAGACUUUCUUAGCCAGCUGCUUUAAAAUCACAUUGGGAAAAAACACGUUCAUUUUGAAAUCCUUUAGAGCCUAAAUUGGCGAACCCGAUCGGUCGAUGCCGAGAACACAACCCUUUAUAAUUUUCAAGAGCAAUGGCAUAGUCUGAAACUCAGUUCUCAUUGCUAAUGUUAUUAACCAUCAGACCUUAUAGUACAGGAACAUAGGUAUUCUAAAACUAAGGCAGCUCAGUGAUCAGUUGUGCUUAUCUGUUUUCCACUGAAUUAGUGGUAUUCUCUCAGCAUAAGUGGUCUCUGAGUCACCUUAUCUGCCAACACUGACACCUGUCAUACAGUAUUAAUAAACUAGGUGGCUUACAAAACGACUAGCAGCAAUGGCCAGGAUCCCAAAGAACUGCACUAGUUCUGUCUGUGAAGAGCCCUGUCCCUUCCUUCAACAUGACGUUAAAAAAACACAUUUGAAACUGAAGGGACUUCAAAAAUUAGGGUGUUUUUUUUAAUAUGGAGUAGGGUCUCUGCUUAAAAGGAAAGAAAAAUCCCACCAAGCUAUAGCAGCUCUUUGGAUCCAACCAGUGAUGUUAUCAGUAUUAUGUAACAUAUCAGAUUUAUUUUAUUUAAUAAGAAUUAUUUAUACCAUUAACAGAUUCUUAUAUAUAAAUAUAUAAAUAUAUAUAUUAAUGUGGCAGAAAUGUGCAGGUUUGAAUCUAUUAACCAGAUUAUUUAUGUUAUGUUAAGUUGAAAGAAAUGUGAAACGUAUGUUAGAAAGGUGAUCGUACAUUACAGAUACACAAACCUAAAGCUGUGAGCCAUUCUCUAAAUACCAGUAUCGUUAAAACAACGUGUAGCACAAUGUCAUUUUCAGUGUUGGUGCUGCCUAUGGUGGCAAUGGCCCUCCCCCUCUUCCAGGCAUCCCAAAACACAGUAUCAGCUCUCUUUGCCUAAUUCCAAGAUGGAGUCUUUAAGGCCAUCUACUACCUCUUCAUCUGGGAGCCACCAUUUUGUUUUAUCCUGAAGCGUCAUUCCUUUCAAUGGCUUAGUUACCUCUCCUAGCAAAGACUGCUUGUAGUCGGCAUCGUCUAAAGCUGAUAACAAUGCCAGUAUACUGAUAACCAAAACAUAGUACUUAUAUACAAGGAAUAUAAUUCCCUGCCCAGUUCAUUUUCUCAGGACCCAAAGCUUCAAUUUUUUAACCCCCCCCCCCCUUGUGUGAUGAGCACCACUUGCCCCAGAGGACAAGCGAGCUGAGGGAAUGACAUUCCUGUGUUCAGGUCUUCUGUGCCAAUGCACUUAGCACUAUCACUGGGCUGGAUAACUUGCUCUUCUCUCAUGUGGUUCGCUCUUUUUUUCCCACACCCCAACCUGAUGGAAUGCAAUUAGCUACACUAAGCUACAGUGGCCUGGAGACAGGAACCUUUCCUUCUACUGGGUAGGUUCAUUUUGUCCUUUGUGUAACGGCAGGAUCGCCUGCCACAAUCCUACAUGAAAACUCAUGUGAAGUGAUCUUUUGUGUAGUUUAGUUAGCACACUUUUUUUUGUUGCAAGUUGAUGUGUUUGUUAAGUUUAAAGAGUUAAUGUUGUCCAUUUUUCGUACCAGCCUGCUUUCUGCUUUGUCUAAACAGAUGUUUCUAUUCAUGAAUACUCAUGCGUGUGUGCGCGUGUGUGGGUGGAUGUGUGUUUAUAUUCAGUUUUUUUAAGUUUGCUCUUUUUUUGUCCCUAAAACUGAAUUUGUAUUGACCAACCCUUCUUUUGACAUUUUAACUAAUUAGGUUUGUUAACUUUUCUCACCAAUGUAUACUUUACAUUAGUAGACUAUGUAAAGUAUUUCUGUGCACUUGAUUUCAUUGGUUAAUAUUGGCAUUGAUGUGGGUGCUAGGAGUAGUUUGCUUCAGUCCAUACAGAUUUUUUUCCUCCUCUUUAGAGUUUUUAUGGUUUUAUGUAAGCAGUUAAUGUAAAUAUUGUGAGCAUUACAGGUCAUGCAGUGUUGUAACAUUUUAAAAAAUGUUGCACCUACUUUACGAUUAAAAAGCUGGUCACUCGUACUUGAAUUUUGCCCAUAGAGCCAUUUCUUUCUCUUUGCAUUAAUGCAUAAAUUACUUUUUUUUAAAAUCAAGGCCCGACCCUUCUUUCUACGCUUAUUUUUUUGUUUAACAAAUCUCUAUUUUUCUAACAGAAGAUUUUAACAUUUAAAACAAUUUUUCAACUUUCUAACUUAUGAAAUCCUCCUAUAUUUAGAGAGUGAGAAAAUACCCUCAUUUCAGAAAGUGAAAUAAUUGAAUUCUUGGCACAAUGAAAGAAAUCACACAAGAGGGAUAGUGAAGUUGAACCCUCAUAAGAUUAAUUAGCCUCUCAUUAGACAGAUUAGUGGAUGUUUGUGUGGUGUUUUGAGGAUAUAAAGUGCUAACUAUCCUCAUGUGUCUAUUUAUUUAUUUAUUCUUGGUGGGUUGUGAUAAAAUUAUAUAAAAAUCAAAGGAAUUAUUCUUUCUAUCAUGGAGAAUUUAUGAGCACCAUUUAGUAAUUUUUAUUUAUGAAAAAGCUUCCUAUAUUCAGUUAUUUAGACUGAAAAGUGUUACUGAAACUAGCUUUGAAACCAGUAUCCAAAAAUAAUACAUUCUCAUGUCCCAUGUCAGUUAUGGCCACAGCCUCAGUUUGAAGUUUUGUUUAUAGUUUUAUAAUUAAAUUUACCAAUGCCAUUGUGCAGAAAA